UUCAAAAUGAUGCGGUUGACUCCACGUUGGAUGCCUUUGGCGGGGCCUUCCAACCGUAUGUCUGGGUUUAGAGUUUUUCUUAAUUCAUCCAUGGAUCCCACUCCUACGCUAUCUCCUUCCAUGGUUCCUUGGCUUUCACUCUAUCGGACGUAGAAGGCAACCAUAGAUUGAUGCGCACAGCUUGCUUCAGCUACUACUUCAGUGGCUGAAACCCUUCUCAUACAAUCCACCAACACCAAAUCAAAGCUUGGUUUCCACAUAAGGCUUGAGGGGUGUCGGGAAGCUCCCCGGAUCUUUGUUGUCAGAACCAGGCAAAGCUCAGAGUCAACUUUCGAAGCAUGAAACAGUUGCACAAGCAAUCCAUCGGUAACCACAGACGAGACGAGGAGAUCCCCAUGGGACCAACCUCACAAUACUCUCCUAAAACCAUCAAACACCCCAGAUCCAUCAACUACCUCUUCAGAGAACAGAGGCUUCUGUUCAUCCUUGUCGGGAUUUUUAUUGGUUCCAUGUUCUUCAUUCUCCAGCCAACCAUUUCCCGCUUCGGCCUCUCCGAGCCCAAGUCCUCAUCCUCCUCCAUUUCGCGGACCUUUUCUGCCGGCCCCGCCCAUCGCGAGCAGGUCUCUUACUCCAUUCCAUAUCCCCCGCAUCACGGCAAGGUCGGGCGAGUCCCAGCCGCGCUCCCACGGAAGAGAUCUAGGAUUGUGGUCACCGGUGGUGCCGGAUUCGUCGGCAGCCACCUUGUCGAUAAGCUUCUAGACAGAGGUGACGAUGUGAUUGUAAUCGAUAAUUUCUUCACCGGGAGGAAGGAGAAUUUAGUUCACCGGUUUGGGAAUCCGAGGUUCGAGCUAAUCCGCCACGACGUCGUGGAGCCCAUACUCCUUGAGGUGGAUCAGAUUUACCACUUGGCUUGCCCGGCCUCUCCCGUUCAUUAUAAGUACAAUCCCGUCAAGACCAUCAAGACUAAUGUGAUGGGUACCCUGAAUAUGUUGGGUCUGGCAAAGAGAAUUGGAGCAAGGUUUUUGCUUACGAGCACAAGUGAGGUUUAUGGCGACCCACUUGAGCAUCCCCAGAAAGAAACGUAUUGGGGAAACGUGAAUCCGAUAGGUGAGAGGAGCUGCUAUGAUGAAGGAAAGCGGACAGCGGAAACCUUAGCAAUGGAUUAUCACCGAGGUGCAGAUGUUGAGGUUCGUAUUGCUCGCAUUUUUAACACAUAUGGCCCUCGUAUGUGUUUAGAUGAUGGACGUGUUGUUAGCAACUUUGUUGCUCAGGCAAUACGCAAACAGCCAUUAACAGUAUAUGGGGAUGGAAAGCAAACCCGAAGCUUCCAAUAUGUCUCUGAUCUGGUCAAUGGACUGGUAGCAUUAAUGGAAAGUGAACAUGUGGGGCCUUUCAACCUGGGUAAUCCAGGGGAGUUCACCAUGCUGGAGCUUGCUGAGGUUGUCAAAGAAACAAUAGAUUCAAGUGCCACAAUAGAAUUCAGACCAAAUACUGCUGAUGAUCCGCAUAAGAGGAAACCUGAUAUUAGCAAAGCAAAGGAACUACUCAACUGGGAGCCAAAAAUCUCACUUAGAGAGGGACUGCCUCUUAUGGUGAGUGAUUUCCAGAACCGCAUUUUGAAUGAGGACGAAGGAAAAGGGUUUAACUAGAGAAGACAGAAAAAAAAUAGAACAAAAAAUAAAAUAGCAAAACUAUAUUGUAUAGUGUGCAAGUGUAUGUCUGUAACUUGUUCAUUCGUUUCGUUAUUCUCAUCCAUAAUUUUUAGUUACCUGGCAAUUCUAGCGAAAUACAACUAUUGUAGGAAGUUACACUAUUUCUUCUACAUCUGUUGCUUGGUUAGCAAAAGAAACAACAUUUUCUUGUAAGUUUUAACUCCAUUUUGAUAUCCCCUUUUCUGGCACUGAACUUUUCAUGGUGAAAGACCGUAAAAUUUUGUGUUGGUUGUAUUUGGCAUAAUGAGAAUUUGAGUUUCUGUAGGAAA